UUUCUCUGGCUCCUAUAUAAAACUCUAGUGUUGGUAGGUUCUCUUGCAUACAAUCAAACACGAGAAAGUAGAAAAUGGAAGUUCAGAUUAUUUCUAAAGAAAUCCUGAAACCUUCUUCUUCCACUCCGCAGCACCUAAGAACCUAUAAGCUUUCUGUCCUUGAUCAGUUAGCUCCUCCUAUUUACAUCCCUAUCAUCCUCUUUUACUCACCGGCCAGUGAGCAUCUCUGCAAGAACUCUGAUCAUCUGAAAGAGUCUUUCUCACAAACAUUAACUCACUUCUACCCUUUUGCUGGACGAAUAAAGGAUGAUUUUUCAGUUGACUGCAAUGAUGAUGGCGCUGAGUUCAUUGAAGCUCGAGUAGCUGGUGACAUAUCCAUGGUACUUGAGCAAGCAGACAUAAAUCAGCAGCAACAGCUGCUACCAUGCAGCCCAUAUGGAAAGUCAUCUAAGCUAAGCACUGAUCAGGUAACGCUGGCAGUUCAAGUCAAUUACUUCAAUUGUGGUGGGGUGGCAAUUAGUAUCUGCAUUUGGCAUGCAGUUGCCGAUGCGUCAACUCUAGCAACCUUUGUUAAUUGCUGGGCUGCAAUUUCUCGUGAUCCCAAUAACGUUAUCGACGAGGUGGUUUUCGACUGCACGACACUCUUUCCUCCACAAGAUUUAUCAAGCUUCUCUUUGCACAGCUUCGUAAAAGAGGAUGUGUCAAGUGAAAUCGUGAUGAAAAGGUUCUUGUUUGAUGGUUCCAAGGUAGCUGCUCUAAGAGAUGAAGUAGGCAAUGGACCAUCUUUGGAUCGUCCGUCUCGUUUCAUAGCUGUUUCAACUCUUAUUUUGACGGCCAUGAUGACCGUAACCAGAGAAAAUGAAGCUAUGCAGAUAAAUGCUGCAACCAUUGCUGUCGAUCUGCGGAGGAGACUGAAACCACCAGUGCCAAAACAAUCAAUUGGAAACAUUUUCCAAGUGACAAUAGCAAAAUGGCCAGAGAGUGAAAGUAAUGAGUUGAGCUAUAAUGGUUUAGCGGGAAAACUUCAUGAGUCAAUAAGGAUGAUGAAUGAUGACUUUAUCAGGAAGUUUCAUGCUGGUGGCGGGUACUUUAACUUCCUCAAAAGAUCUGGGGAAGAAGCUAGAAAGGGUUCGAAUGUGACGGUGUUCGGUUUCAGUAGUUGGUGCAACUUUCCAUUUUAUGAAACUGAUUUUGGGUGGGGCAAACCUCUUUGGUUAAGUCCUGCCUUGAAGCUUAACAGGGUUGCCAUUUUCUUAGAUACAAAAGACGGUGAGGGAAUAGAAGCAUGGAUUGGACUGUCCGAGGAAGACAUGGUAAAGUUUGAACAAGACCCUGGAAUCCUUACCUAUGCUUCUUUCAGUCCAAGCAUAUAAGCUUCAUGUCUUCCGGUCCAGAUUUUCUAUUUUGAUUUGUCAACAAACUCGUUGGUUCUUGAUCUAUUCAAUAAAAUUAGCUUGCUGCUGGGACUGGUUGCAUCAUGCCGCCACACCAAUCCUAAUGUAUCGAGUUGCUUAGGAGGAUGGUUCUUUCACUUUAUAUGCUUUCAGUCACUUCACUGUAUUUUUAGUUCGUCGAUCAUUUUCCUUUCUUUAUUCGUUGUAUCGUCUACAGUUGAAGGAAGCCAAAAUCUUUAGCGACCUUCUAGUUCUGUUCUUGUUCAAACUCUUUUAUAAAUUUAUAAUGCUUUUGUUCUGCA